AGCCUGGGCAACAGAGCAGGACUCCAUAUUAAAAAAAAAGAAGAAGAAUUCUGUCACUUGAUAAAUAUGUAUUUUCAGGAGCUCUUAACAUUCAGGGAUAUGGCCAUAGAAUUCUCUCCAGAAGAGUGGAAAUGUCUGGACCCUUCUCAGCAGAAUUUAUAUAGAGAUGUGAUGUUGGAGAACAGAAACUUGGUCUCCCUGGGUGUUACUAUCUCUAACCCAGACCUGGUCACCUGUCUGGAGCAAAGAAAAGAGCUCUACAAUUUCAAGAUACAUGAGACAGCAGCCAGACCCUCAGGUAGACGGAGUCUUGCUCUGUCACCCAGGCUGGAGUGCAGUGGCCGGAUCUCAGCUCACUGCAAGCUCCUCCUCUCGGGUUCGCGCAAUUCUCCCGCCUCAGCCUCCCGAGUAGCUGGGACUACAGGCACCCGCCACUUCGCCCGGCUAGUUUUUUUGUAUUUUUUUAGUAGAGACGGGGUUUCACCGUAUUAG